AUGGCUAACUCCCAUGUGUUGGAUAUGCCCGCUGUCAUUAUUGAUAAUGGCUCAGGUCUGUCCAAAGCAGGCCUUUCUGGGGAUAUUGUUCCUCGCUCUGUCAUUGAUUCCGUCAUAGGCUAUCCUAAAUUAAACGUACCUCUGGCGAAGAUGGUGAAAAUCAAACAGAAGAUGUUCUUAGUAGGAGAAGAAGCCCAGAAGCAGUGUAACAGCUUAAGUCUUGAGUAUCCCAUUGAGCGUGGAGUGGUGAAGAACUGGGACAAUAUGGAAAAGCUUUGGGAUCAUCUUUUCAAGAGGGAACUCGAAGUCAAACCCAAUGAGCAACCAGUACUGUUAAUGGAGCAUGCCUUGAACCCAAAGAAGAUUCGGGAGAAAACAGCCGAAUUCAUGUUUGAGAAAUACGAGGUUCCUGCCAUGUGCCUCUUCAACCAUGCGGCGGGGGCACUUUAUGCCUCUGCCAGUGUCACAGGCCUGGUGGUGGAGAGUGGAGACGGGGUCACGUGUACCGUCCCCAUCUAUGAAGGGCACCCCCUGCCCCAUGCUGUCACCAAGCUCUUUGUGGCAGGGAAGGAUAUAACCACACGCCUCAUCCAGCUCCUUUUUCUGAAGCGCUAUAUGUUCUCUUCUAUAUUCAACAAGGCCUUUAUUGACGAGAUGAAAGAGACUAUGUGCUUUGUUGCCAUGGAGCCUGAAGAAGACAAUGGCCAGCAGGAAGUUCAAAGAGACUACACAUUGCCAGAUGGCCAUGUCAUCCAACUGGAUGGUCAUCUGUGCCGCUUGCCUGAAGCUGUUUUUACACCUAACCUGCUGGGCAUCCAAGAACCAGGAAUCACCAAAAUGGCGUGUAGCAGCAUUGAGAAGUGUGACGUCGACAUCCAGAACCACCUGUUUGCUAACAUCGUGCUGUCAGGAGGCAACACUCUAUUCCCUGGCCUGGGCGAAAGGCUCAUGAAGGAAUUGAAAUCCGCGACUUCCCCACAACGAGCCAUCAGAAUCACCGCUUCGCCGGAUCGAAGUUUCUCCACAUGGAUUGGGGCAUCCGUCAUCACAUGCCUGAGCACAUUCAAGCAGCGAUGGGUCACCGCGUCGGAGUUCAAGGAGUUUGGGAAAUCCGUCAUUCAGAGAAAAUGCUUCUAA